GUUACAGACUGCACCAGACGAAAGAUGAUCAACGUUUUUGUUUCAGCGAUGACAGACUCUCACGGGUAUUUUAAAGGAAAGAUGCGUAAUGAAAAUUGUUGCUCCCAUAUCUGCUGAAUGUUAAAAAUGACUUCUGUAUCAGUUUCUCAAUCACAUAAUUGGUUAGGCUACUGCUGACCAUCCAUUGCUAUUGGUAGAAGAUUUAUCUUGUGUCAAACUCGAUGGGCAUGAUAGUGAUUCAAAAAUCACUCCUGAUAUUUAGCUGACUGGGGACCAAUGCUGCUUGUGGAGAUUCUGAUUGACGCCUAAACAUAACAUUAUAUUCUUGUCAUGACAUCACCACCGCGCAGUGUGAGAGAAACGUUUGCACAAGGCAUCAUCUCCUUGUUCCCAUACCUGAAGGAUCCCUACACAUCAAAUGGAUAUAAUCAAAACCGUUCGGAGGAAUUUGGCUUCAUCUCAGAAACGGCCCACUCAACUAUACUAUGGAGGGCCAACUGCUGAGAGGGAGUCCAGUCCAUCCACUUUGGCUACCCUGAGUGAAGACCGGUGCAGAGAGGCCAUUUCUCUUAUGAAGCAUUCUUCUGAUGAAGAAACAGUCAAACAGAAGAUGAAAUUGACCUUUGAGUACAGGAAGAAGAUGACCCACGACCCGAGUAAAUGUUCCACCAUCUUAACCAAAUUUCCACGCUUUCUGGAUGUGAAGGGCUUGAUUGAACAGGACGUUGUGCUGCCGUUUGGAGAGGGAACAUCAGCCAAGUUUUUGGAGAGGUGGCCAACUACAAUCAAGCAAAAGAUCAUCAUGCUUAGCAAGACCCUAGGCAAGGACACUCAGGGAGCUGAACUUCAGGAGCUGAUCCAGAUGGCAGUGUUCGCAGUUGAUGAGGGAGCUGACACGAAUGCUGACGGAUGGGAUGGUGACCUUUCCUCCAUCCUUCUCCUGCUCCAUUUGAUUCUUCCUUCAUCACAAGGCCGCAAAAGACCAGGCACGAUGUCUGCAUCCCAASCUGAACAGCAUCUUGUGAUAUUCCAAAAGGCAGGAACCAGUAUCCAGGAGCACCUUGAUGUGAUUGACAAGAGCCGCCAACCAUAUCUUCUUACAGUCGGGACCAGGAAGAGUAGCAUCCAUGCUUACUUCAUCAUCCUGGACAAGCGAGCCUUCCAAGUCAACGAGC